AUGCCACGAAGAACCCCCACCCCCAACCUCACCACCCUAACCUCAAAGCUCGAAUCAGCCUCAACCCGCCUCCGCAAAACCUUCAAAUACACCGACGACAACAGCACCGACGAUGACAUCCCAGAAGUGAUGGACGAGCAAGGUAUUCCCCUUCCCCUUCCUUCUCCCCCACUUUAUCCAUUCACUAACCUCUCCCCAGAACAAGAAACCCUCAUCACAACCCUCACCACCCGCAAUGCCCACUCCAACACCCUCACCCUCCGCCUCCUCCUCACCCUCCCCGUCCUCUCUUCCCUCCCCUACCUCCUUCUAUUCCCCACAUCUCCCCCCAUCUUCCCCCUUCUAGCCUUCUCCUCACUAUCGUCAACCCUCUACCUGCUGUACACCCUCCCCGUCACCUCGACAGGCUUCAACGCCCUCGACAAACCACCCCCCAGCAUGCAAGGGAAGAUAAUCCAACCGCCAGUUGCCAAGUCCCCGUUGGAAGAGUACCUCCCCUGGUUGAACUUGUUGCUAGUGACAGUACUAGCAUUAAUGGGCUUAGUGCAAGAGAAAACAGGAAAAAGUGGGGGGCCUCACCCGGUAUUGCUAGGCGUGCUACCGGGCGUGGUGUACGGCGUUUGUGUUGCAACGAAAAAGACGAUGGCGGGGGUGGAUGUGGAAAAGGAGUUGGGCCGGUUGAGGUAUGGGUAUAAGGGUGCUUGA